AUGGCGAAGUGCCUAGAGCACACAAGGAUCCGAGGGCUCUGCCUGCUUUUCAUGGUUCUUCUCGCAUGCUCUGUUGUUCAUGCCCAGAUAAUAAGAGGUGAAACCAAAGAGGAUAGCAACACUAAGAGCAUGAUGAUGACAACGACGAGCCCAACAAGCUACAUAAUUGUCAUGAGUGGAGGUGAUGACAAGUGCUAUCAAGAUAUGAGAAGACUAGUGUGGAUCUGCAAAAAGACUUUGAAAUGGUUUAUGAAAUUGAUUGAUUGCUUGAAGGAAUGCCCUGGUUGCUAA